CUAGGAAAAACUCUGAUCGUCAAAUGCGUAGAGCUAAUUGCUUUUCAGCUGGUGAGAGGAUGAAGACAAGGUCACCAUCCGUGAUUGUGAUCGGAGGUGGUUUUGGUGGAAUUUCAGCUGCUCGUACUCUUCAAGAUGCUUCCUUUCAGGUUAUGGUACUGGAGUCCCGUGACAGAAUUGGUGGACGAGUUCACACUGAUUACUCAUUUGGUUUUCCUGUUGAUCUUGGUGCAUCAUGGCUGCAUGGAGUAUGCAAAGAGAAUCCUCUGGCACCAGUAAUUGGAAGACUGGGACUGCCCUUGUAUCGUACUAGCGGUGACAAUUCUGUCCUGUAUGAUCAUGAUCUCGAGAGCUAUGCUCUGUUUGAUAUGGAUGGCAACCAAGUUCCUCAAGAGUUGGUAACUCAGAUUGGCGUAACUUUUGAGCGUAUCUUGGAAGAGAUCAAUAAAGUGAGGGAUGAGCAGGAUGCAGACAUUUCAAUUUCUCAGGCUUUCUCAAUUGUCUUUGCUAGGAAACCCGAGCUGAGGUUAGAGGGGCUUGCACACAACGUACUUCAAUGGUAUGUAUGCCGCAUGGAAGGAUGGUUUGCUGCAGAUGCUGAAACCAUCUCUGCAAAGUGUUGGGACCAGGAGGAAUUGCUGCCUGGUGGACACGGUCUUAUGGUUAGAGGGUAUCGUCCUGUCAUCAACACUCUGGCGAAAGGUCUUGAUAUCCGAGUAGGCCACAGGGUUACUAAGAUUGUCAGGCGUUACAAUGGGGUGAAGGUAACGACAGAAAAUGGGGAAACAUUUGUUGCCGAUGCUGCAGUCAUUGCGGUUCCUCUCGGAGUCUUAAAAUCUGGAACCAUAAAGUUCGAACCAAAGCUACCUGAGUGGAAACAAGAAGCAAUCAACGACCUAGGAGUAGGUAUCGAGAACAAGAUCAUACUACAUUUUGAGAAAGUCUUCUGGCCGAAAGUAGAGUUUCUAGGAGUGGUAGCUGAAACCUCCUACGGUUGCAGUUAUUUUUUGAACCUGCACAAGGCCACAGGUCAUCCAGUUCUGGUUUACAUGCCGGCUGGUCAGCUCGCCAAAGACAUUGAGAAAAUGUCUGAUGAAGCAGCUGCAAAUUUUGCCGUCUUGCAACUCCAGAGAAUUCUUCCCGAUGCAUUGCCUCCAGUUCAAUAUCUUGUAUCGAGGUGGGGAUCGGAUGUGAAUUCAAUGGGAUCUUAUAGCUAUGAUAUCGUGGGGAAACCUCAUGAUCUCUACGAGAGGCUUAGGGUUCCAGUGGAUAACUUAUUCUUUGCUGGUGAAGCGACAAGCUCGAGCUUCCCAGGCUCGGUUCACGGCGCUUAUUCAACUGGAUUGAUGGCAGCUGAAGAUUGUAGGAUGAGAGUUUUGGAGCGGUAUGGUGAGUUGGAUCUUUUCCAGCCUGUGAUGGGCGAGGAAGGACCUGCCUCUGUGCCUCUUCUUAUAUCUCGUCUCUAAACUCCAUCUGUUAUCCGUUUACUAGAAAGAACCUCAAGUGGUGAUGGAUUGUCUUGGGUCUUAAUUUGAAACUAAAAUUAUUCUCGUGUC